AUGUUCCUCAAUCUCGUCGCACUAGCAUUGAUUCAAGCAGUGGUAAUCGCGUCUGCGAGGCUUACUUUUCAACUAGAACGCAGCUCGCAGCCUCCUGCAACCCACAUUGAUUCUCUAGUGAAGGACGAACUUGAUGUUCUUUCCGCGAAGUAUAUUCACAAUGCGUUCGCUUUUCGCAAGAAUACAGGUCUUCAUGACUCGUCUGUCAAUGCAACUACCCUUCGCAAGCGCAGCGCCGCUCAGAUCCAGAUGAACGAAGAGGCUGACCACUCAGAUCCUUGGUCAACGUUCAUUUCUGUCGGCUUUCCUCCCCAGUCCGUGGCUGUCACUUUUGACACCAGCUCUGCCGAUGUUACUGUUGACUCUUCUUACGAUGCAGAAAAAUCCAUCACUUCAAGGCAGCUGAGUGACCCCGACUCGGUUCAUGUGGAUGAUAUUUCCUUUGGUCCAUUCGAACUGAAGAAAGUGGCUAUCUCUCCGUCUUCGUACAAUUCCGCUCGUAUCGGCUUGGCUUUUCCUUCCAUUAGCUCAGCGCCCCCAGUUAAUUCUUUCACGAAUGUGCUUUCUUUACACCUCGAAAAGAACAUCUACCAGUUCACUCUUGGCGAAAAGCACGGCAGUCUCAACGUUGGCUCCUUUGACCACUCUAUGUUCUUUGGAAAUGUUAGCUGGAAUGCGGUUAAUCCGGCUCAAGGAUACUGGACAACUCCCUUCACAUGGAAUGGCCUUUCGUUCCGUGGCACUGUCGACUCGACGUCCAGGGUUGUGCUUGGUAGUAACGCCGAUGUUAAGCGCCUUUUGAUGUCGAUGGAAGGUGUUCGCAUAACAAAGUCGAAAGAUGGCUCGUACAUCGGGCUGUUCGACUGUGAUAAGGCAACUAGUUCGGACCUUGUUCUUGGUGGCGUGCCUUUGAAAUUCUCUGCCUCUGUCAAGCACAACAAUGAAUGUCAGGUUCCAAUUAUUGGUAUGGAUGGAUUGAAUCACUGGAUUUUGGGCGAGCCCAUUUUCCAAUUGGUUUCUGUUAUUCUCGACUUUGACAACCACCGCAUUGGCUUCGCGCGGCGCCGCGUGAAUACUCAAAGGUCAACGCGACCCCGCUCUGUGAACACAUUCCGCUCACGCCGGGAGGGGAAGUCUCCAAAUAUUCACGCCCCAAGUUUGUCAUGA